AUGUCUGACCAGUCUGCUGCGUCAGCGUCUGAAGCAAAGCGUGACGCAAGUCCCCCGGAUCACGACCCACCUCCCAGGAUCGAGCUCCGGCCUGUGGCCCACUCAGGAAGGGGAGACCUGGUCCCGGAUGCAGACAACGCCCCAACUUACUGCACGCAUCGCCUCUCCAGCACCCCUGGAGAGUGUCGUCACUUCAAGGACUGUUACCCCCUCUUGAGGCUGCCCUCCUUCACUCCUGAAGAAUCCUGGAUUUUAGGCAUCUAUGACACGUGUCCACUCAACUACAAGGGAAGCCUGGUGUUUGGCGUGUGUUGUGAGCCCUCCAAAAGCCACCGUCCCUCCAACGACGUUUCGAACGAGGUGAGAUUGGCGAACCAGCGGAAGGAAACCCCGGACCAGUACACGGCAGCAGAAGACGAUGAACCGGGAUUACUGGAUCGCAGCCACGUCCAGUUCGUACCCCCGAAGGAGCCCUCUUUUGAGCUCGAGAAGCCGUCUGUCAGAUACCCGUGGCAGGACCUCCAAACCCACCCCCCUAUAAUAACCCACCCUCCAGAGCACACUAACUUCCCGUGGUGGGCUACUCCAGGGCCCACUACCCCCAGCGCCCCCACUAGCAAACCAGCCACCCAAAAGCCCUGGUGGGAGCCCGCAACCACAAAGACCACACCACUCUCCUGGUGGCAGACGACAACCGUAAGAUCUACACCGACUUCCUGGUGGCAGACCACCAAACCGUGGUUGACUACAACCCGAAGAACCACACCUAAUCCGUUUUGGACAACUGCUCCCACUACACCCAAACCACCCACUUCGAAGGUGCCCUUCUGGGAGCGGCCGCCUGCUGACGACACCGUCGGAGCUCCUGCGCCCCCAGUACCGUCCAACGAGGGGGGCAAGGACCCCUGCUCCCCCGGGGCUUUCUACAAUGUUUAUCUUGAGGGUUUCAAAGUCACUGGAGGUACGCCAGCCACUCCACACACUUAUCCUUGGAUUGCGGCAGUGUUCAACAGGAACAAGCAGUUCUGUGGCGGAUCUCUUAUCGACAGCACGCACAUUCUCACGGCCGCCCACUGCAUCGCUCACAUGAGUCACCUAGACAUUGCCAACCUCAGAGUCCGAGUCGGGGCUCACAACAUCCAUUUGGCAGAGAGAACAGCCCAGGAGUUCAAGGUCAGCCGAGUGGUGAGACACAAGGAUUACGACUCCAGGAAACUGCUCAACGACGUGGCUAUGAUGACGCUGGACCGUCCGGCCGUCUUCAACGACGUCGUACGUCCGGUGUGUCUCGAUCGGAGCGGCAACGACUACGUCGACGAAUUCGUCACCGUGGCCGGAUGGGGCAGCAUGUUCGAAGGAGGACCUCAGCCGGCGACGCUGUACGAGGUCAAGCUGAAGGUCACCAGCAACGCUGAGUGUAGGUCGACGUACGGAGCGGCGGCUCCAGGAGGCAUCGUCGAUUCGUACCUUUGCGCGGGCGCCACCGGAUUCGACUCCUGUCAGGGUGACAGCGGCGGACCGCUGGUGAAGUUCGUCGACGGAGUCUGGAAGCAGAUCGGUCUAGUGUCUUGGGGCAUCGGGUGCGGCAAGAGUUACUACCCAGGAGUCUACACCAGGAUCAGCUCCUUCAUCUCUUGGAUCGACCGCGUCCAGAAGUCCUACUGAGGAGGGGAUAUUUUGAGGCGUGGAAGAGGGUGAAGAAGUCCCUCAAAGAGAGAGAGAGGGUGAGCGAGGCAUCUUGAGGAGCGUGAGAGACAGCCUAGCCAGUUUCAAUAAGCAAAACUACGGUCACUAAACGGAAGGAGACGCUGUAGCUCCUCCUUGAGAUGGUUGAGGGUCGAGGUACUCCUAACGAACUUUGUAAGUUCGUUAGAAGUACAUCAUAGUGAUUUAUCAAAUCAAAUCCCUUGUAUAAGAAGUGAUUUGUAUUUGAUAAAUACAAAUUAAAUACAUAAUAUCAAAUCACGAGUAGUGAUUUGAUAGUGAAGAGCUUCACCGAUGUAUACAUAAACAUUUGCACAAAGAAAUUUUGUAUAUGCAUUAAUUUUCAUUUUUCAAUUUAUUUAAAAUACUAAAUGACACGACAAAAUUAGAGGGCUUGUAUUAUAUACUUUAUUUACAAUACAUUAGACGUCAAAACUAUCGAGGCGUCGCCUCACGUCCGGAAGGGAUAUUCUUACUCCAUUCUCACAUCCUAACUCAAUAAACACAUCCUUAAUCCAUAUCCACAUCCUUAAUCUACAUCCACACCCUCACUCCAUACAUCAAUGAUGCUUUACACACAGAAAUCACAAUUGGGUGAUGCAUCAAAUGAACAAAUGAUUCAGGCAGCGUCUGGGAUGCUCUCGGACGCAGGUUCGAAUCCUCGUCACGGCCCUUGUGAAUUUGUUCAUCAAUGAUACUUACUCCAACUCUACACCCAAACCCUCAUUCAUGUCAAAUUUGACAUAAUCAAAUUCAAAUUUAUUUAUAUCCAUAGAAAUAUGUUCUUUGAUCAAUUUUGAAUGUCUAAUAUAAUUGUUAAAAAAUGAGGCAUUAUUAGCUCCAGUGUUUCCCCUAAGAGACUAAUUUAAUAAUUAGGUUACUGUAGGAGCGAUUAUGUAUUGUAAUAUAUAUGUAACUGAUCAAUAUAUUCUAAAG